GGACGUGGCAGUCUGCGCUGCUUUGAAAAAUACUGUAACGAGCGGUGUUCAAUAUUUCUCUUCGUCCUUGUUAAUAGCUUUUCAGACAUAAUAGAUUCCACCAUCGUCGUUCAGCUAUGGGGCUCACCAUCUCGUCCAUUUUUGGCCGACUUUUUGGGAAAAAGCAAAUGAGGAUUUUGAUGGUUGGUCUAGAUGCUGCUGGAAAAACAACUAUCCUGUACAAACUGAAGCUUGGUGAAAUUGUGACCACUAUCCCAACCAUUGGUUUCAAUGUAGAGACUGUAGAAUAUAAAAACAUCAGUUUCACUGUUUGGGACGUGGGUGGUCAGGACAAGAUCAGACCUCUGUGGAGGCAUUAUUUCCAGAACACGCAGGGUCUCAUCUUUGUAGUGGACAGUAAUGACAGAGAAAGAGUUGCAGAGUCUGCAGAGGAGCUCUCAAAGAUGCUGGAGGAAGAUGAGCUAAGAGAUGCAGUUUUGCUGGUUUUUGCAAACAAACAGGACCUUCCAAACGCCCUAACAGUCAGCGAGCUUACAGACAGACUUGGCUUACACGCUCUUCGCAGCAGAACCUGGCACAUUGAGUCGACGUGCGCCACCCAGGGCACUGGGCUGUAUGAAGGACUGGACUGGCUAUCCAGGGAGUUGUCCAAGAACUAAAGAACGACUGGCUGGACUGAAAAGUGAGACUGAACAUGGCAGGACCGCAGAAUCAGCACCAAUGUUCACAAAAAG